CCCUCGUCCCAGUCGCGCCUGUUGGUUGGUGGUUCGCCGGUCUUGAUUUCGGAAUAGCAAAAACUCACCCCCUCCCCACCAGUGCAUCUACACUCACAAAGGAGACUUGCUGCAAGGCUGAUCAGCCCAGUUCCAAGAGCUUGGCAGGAAGCUCGUCUAUGCAGGCUUUAUCACCCAUCACUUCGGUCUCUUAGCCUGCUGGAGAAAACAGAGCGGGUUAUAAGGCAGCCACCACCGCCCUUCGCAAAGUUGAUCCUGAAAUUGAACUUUGUCUGUUCACGAUGAGAUUUCAGUUUUUCACUAUAAUCCUGCCCUCGAUCGUCGCUUCGGUAUCGGUUCCAGCAUGUCGAUGUGGUCCAGAAGACGAUUUCUGGCCAUCAGAGACCGUGUGGAGAAAAUUUGACUCACUCCUGGGACACCGACUGAUCAAGACGUCACCCCUAGCUGAGUCUUGCUACCCUGGUCCGCAAGAGAAUCGUACAAAGUGCGAUUAUAUCAACGCCAUCUGGUCCACGCAACCUUUUCACACAACUCAGCCGCUUGGUUUGACUUAUCCUUGGAACAUUACUUGUCCACCUAUUAAUUACGCAGCUGGAGAGCAGCCAGUGUCUUGCACACUCGGACCAAACCCGAGAUAUGCUGUCAGCGCUUUGAAUACCCAUCACAUCAGGUCAACUCUGGCGUUUGCAACUCUAUGGAACAUUCGUUUGGUCGUCAAAAGCACAGGUCAUGAUCUUCUUGGCCGCAGCGAUGGAUACGGAAGUCUUGAGCUCUGGCUACACAACUUCCGCAACGGCAUUGAAUAUCAAUCCACGUAUGUGGCCACCGACAAGUGCUCGAAGUCCGGGUGGAAGGGCGAUGCAGUCAAAAUCAAUGGUGCCUAUCAGUUCACAGAUGUUUAUGCCGUGGCAAAGAAGAACAACGUCAUCGUUGUUGGUGGAGGUGCGCCCUCGGUCGGAGCAGUAGGUGGAUGGCAUACAGGAGGAGGACACGGGCCCGCAACCCGCAACUAUGGCCUGGGCGCUGAUCAGAUCCUCCAAGCUAGAGUCAUGCUAGCCAGCGGGUUGAUUGUCACCGCAAGUGCCUGCCAGUACUCGGAUCUCUACAAAGCGCUACGCGGGGGAGGUCCUGGCUACGGUGUCAUCCUCAGUCUUACGGUCAAGGCUCAUCCGAAUGUGAAAGCCAUUGCUGUUCAGCGUCUUGAAAUUACUCCGAAGACGUCCAACUCGUCUGCUGUCUUGGACGCCAUGACAGUCAUGUUCCAGAGCUUCCCCGACAUCAAUGAUGCCGGUUUCGCUGGUUACGGCUAUUGGGCAAUCAACGGCUACCAGACGCUAUUCGCAAAUACUACUGCAGGCUACUACCAUGACUUCUGGAACAUUGGCAACGACACGGCCACAGCCAAAGCGUCUUUUGCGCCUGUCCGUUCAAGGCUUGACAAGCUUCAAGACAUUGUGACCAUCAACGAAAGCUACAAGGAAUACCCAGAUUAUUGGUCGAUGUACGAGUCCGAGUCAAGCCUGAAUGAUCCUGUCGGCACCACCCCUGUACUAUCCUCCCGCCUCUUCGAUCGGGCAUCCAUCUCCAGCCACCAGAAAGUUCGCGAUACUCUUCCAAUCAUUAUCGGCCCACCCGAAGAAUUUGGACAAAACACCAUUCUGCUUGUCUCUGGCGGCCAGGUCGCCAAAGAUGCGGCUGAUCCGUAUUCUGGCCUCCAUCCCGCAUGGCGAACAUCUCCUUUCGUGAGCAUUGUCGGACGCGGCUGGCUGCCAGGAUCCAGCGAAGAGAUCAAAGCCUACAUCAGGAAUGACGUAACUAACGUGAAGGGUGCGGCGAUGAAGGCACUUGCACCCAACACUGGAGCCUACAUGAACGAGGGCGAUCGACUGGAUCCUGAAUGGCAGGAAGCCUUCUACGGCUCUAAUUAUGCAGCUCAUUCGGCAACAAAAAGGAAGUUCGAUCCGUUCGACCUGUUCUACUGUCCAACUUGUGUAGGUAGCGAGCGGUGGAUUGAGCGUCCGGAUGCACCUCUUUGCCGUGCGUCCUAACCUUGGAGAUGGAGGUAGCUGCAUCCAGCACUCAGUGCGGCGAUGAUGCUUUUGUUCGCACUCAUGAGUUGGUCGGCGGAUAGUUCAGUACCCUGCCCGAGUAAAGACAAAUACAUUCAUUCAAGCGGAGUCCCUCGACUACAGCAAAAUGCAUCGGCCGGGAAUCGAACCCGGGGCUAGCCGAAACUGUCCUGUUAUGGAUGGCAACGGCUAAUUUUACCACUAAACCACCGAUGCUGACGAAGGUGUCUUGCGUACUUUGAUAAAGAAAAGGCGGGUGUCUAUUAUUAUAUUAAUGAAACAAAAUUUAG